UGGGGAUUGAACCCAGGACGACUCGCAUGCAAAGCGAGCAUGCUACCACUGCAUCAUAUGCCCACUACAUUUGGUGGUAAGUUUGGAAGUAUAUGUACCACACAAAUUUGCUGCACGCUAUUACACCACUCACCUCUGACUUACCCUCUACCAUCCCCCAUGUCCACACCGUCUCCUCGUAGAACACCAAUUUCGUCAAGAAGCUCUAGUUUUUUGAGCAUUGCUACUCCGAAACAGGCACUUCCGAAACCAACUCCCUCGAAGAAGUCAAUCCAGAGUGUGUUGGAACAAUGGGAGACACAGGUCAUGCACGCUCUGCAGUCCAACACCACGGCAGCACGAGUAGCGCGGGAGAUGCGACGCCAACUUGCCAAUUACAAAGAAUGAAGAGGGAAUAAACGUGCGGGACGCGUUAUAGCACGUCUCCCUCAGAAUGAUUCAGAAAAAACGCGGCUUCGUCUUGUUGUGUUGACUCUUCAACAGGAAAUAAGGUUACUGAAGCGCACUCCACCACACUAAACGGCUCUUUUGUAUGGUACCUCGACUUGUAGUCUACGUCAACGACGACCGUUUCAGAAGCAUUCUUUCAUGUUUUUCGUGCAACGGCUGCUCCCCGGGAUACGUGUGCAUACGACAAGUGUUGUUUUAGCUGCAAACAUUGUGUCGGGUGUACGGUGGAAGCACCAGUAUGCGCCGCGACGCUCCAAGUACAAAAAGUCUCAUAAAGGACGUGUUUCUGUGCCCAUUGGCGGCUCUCUACGAGGCACACGUCUUGAAUGGGGGGACUAUGGAAUUCGUCUAAAAGACAGAUGUGUUCAAUACACUGCGCGACAGCUCUCAAUUGUCGAGCAAUUACUGAAGCGACUUAUCAAAGGCAACAAGGGUUCUCGUGUGUAUACACGGUUCGUCGCAAACAUUCCCGUGUGUGUGAAGGGAAACGAAACGCGUAUGGGCAAGGGAAAAGGAUCCUUCUCGCAUUGGUCUGCUCGUGUCCCUAUCGGCCAUGUGUUAUUCGAAAUUGGCGGCGGUAAACUUCGUGCAGAGGUUGCGAGAAACGCAUUCCGACAGGCCGCUUACAUUCUUCCAGGACGGUAUGAGUUUAUUACUCGCGAUUCUCCUCCCCGUCUGGGCAAUCUACUUCUCACCGAGGCUCACAGCAAGGAAAAACAAGAAAUAACGGACAACACCGAGGAAUAGUGAGCCGAAAUAUGAUCGACAAAGAGCGUUUCGCUUUCGGGAGACCUUAAAUGUUUAUUACUACGAUGUGUAGUACCAAUUGCGUCCAUUACUGAUUGCACCCUUCCCUAUAGCUUUUCGCCUCCCGCAGAUCCCCCGCAAAAGCCUCUCGCUUACCCCACACUUCGGAUAAACUUAUGUUUCCCGCAAAACAACCAAAACUGAUUCAGCUGCAAUACCGCGCCGUGGUGCUCUGUACCUGAAUCAGCCUUUUGUAUGGGAUUAGAGCUGCUUUCGCUAAUACAAAAGGCGCAUCUCAUCGUCUUGUUAUUGUUUUACAAUUGAUGCUUUUAAGAUAAUCUGAUGAAGCGAUUGCGGCGGCGGCAACGGUAGCUCCAACGGCGGUUUCUCAUGAAAAUCUGAUGAGUCAGAUGGAGGAGGGGAAAGGGAACGACAGUCAGCGAGACCUCCGUGGAACAGAGAAGGCGGUGACCGAUGAGAUCGUACUUCAUCUGAAGACACAGACGAUGUGGUCUCGUGUGUCCUCAUAUUCUCUAAUACACAUCUCCAGGCUUUCCACUUUUCCCCGUCCCAUUCUCCAUCGCUCCAUUCUGCCCUGCCUUGCCCUGUCCUGUCUGACCAGUCUCGUUGUCCCGUUGCUGAUGCGACCCCUAGCCGCAGCAUCACACAAACUACAGCGUCUAUGGUUCAUCCAUCUAACUGAUCAUCACUGGUCUCCCACUGCGCUCGCCUCUUGUCUCCUCCAAUAUCAUCAGCUAGUGCUAAAUCACCGGCUUCUCCACACACAUGCAGAGUUCGCCUCGUCGGCAAAUUAAAACUUUCCUGAAAAAUUGACGUCACUAGCUCAGUUUUGCCGCCUAGGAGUUUCCCCUACCACAGCAGAUCUACAUUGUGACUGUUGUUUUUAGGGUAGGGCUUUAAACCUUUUCCCCGAUAAAAUGAUGCUAUGGAAACCUACCCGGA